AUUUUACUCACAUGACAAUGUUUGAGGUAAUGUUGUCACAAUUAAACACAAUUACUACAAAGAUUUAUUUAUCGGGUUUAUAGUAGACAAGCAGUGUAACACAUUAUGUAGUCCGUUCACUGAUAUAAAGAUUGUUGCACAGAGUCUACAAAACAUUCUCGAAGCCAACAAGGGUGGCUUCUGGUGCAAUAAACAUAGCACAAGUAGUCGCCCCAUUCAGUUUGAAUACAAAAUUAGUCCUAUUCGACGAAACCAGGGGAGAAAUUCUUCAGCAAUGACAAGGAAAUAUUAUUUUAUAAACUAUAUGAAGUUAAGGUUAAUGGGGGAAAUGGCUUUAACGUGUAAAAACACUGCAACACCUCCAAACACAGUAGCUGCACGAAGAUAAGUGCUGAGAAGGACAGCAGACGAACGCUGUUAUUUGAGUAGACAUGUCCAUCUUCAGAGGUGCAAGAACUUGUUUAAGAUGGUGGUGUCUUGCAAUGUCCUAUUGGAGAAGCUGAAGAAUCCCCGCUUCAGACAGUUCUUGAAGUACAAAAUAAAUCCAGUUCCAGAUGAAGCUACGCUGAGAAACGACUAUUUAUCUGUGUGCUACGAGGAAGUGCUCGACAAAAUACGAACUAAAGUUGUUGACCAAGAGAUUAGGGCGUCUAUCGGAAAUCACCAAUUUGGAUAGGGGUUAAAUUGUAAAUACUUUUGUUGGUGUCCUUAAAGUUGACGGACCUGGAGAAAUGUUUCUCCUAAGGGUGUGAAGCUCUCAGCAGAAUAAACAGCUCGACAACUGCCUUUGCGUUUGACAACUCAAUGAAGCUACUGUCACUGUUGGUGUGAAUAGAGACCAAUAAAUGGUGCUUCAUACAUGGCUGUAGCAGCCUACAGACUUCAGAGUCUCUAUCCCAGUGUGGCACACAUCACUUGCCUUGCACACGCAUUGUACAGAGCUGUAGAAGAGGUGAAAUUAAAUUGCACUGAUGUGAGCCAACCGAUCUCCUCUAGCAAGAAAAUCUAUGUGAAAGCUCCACUAAGAGUACAAAAAUUAAAGAACAGGGAGCUUCCCUCCAUUUCCCCCUCAGCUUGUACUUACACAAUGAGGUUCUUGGGUUAAUGUUGUUGAGUAUUACUGUACCUAUUACACCAAAACAAGACGAUCUUUUCUGAGCCUGAUAGUGAUUAAUAAAGUGCUAUCAGAACUGCCAAAGAGUUCUUUACAGAUACGUUGUCUCUAAACUUGACAUACAUCAACGCACUGUGUCAUCCGAACAAGACACAGGUGCAAAGAUGCGAGCUGGUGCCAGUGCCAUAGAGACUCUCCACUUGCGCAAGUUCCACCUGCGCCACUGUCGGCGCUGAGCAUGGAGGUAAGAAUAGAGGGAGACGCCGUGAUGUCACAGCUGUGAAGUUAUGUGAAGCCGAGGGUAGUCAUCUCAAUCCGACCAAAACAUUGCUGCUGUAAACUUGUGUGCAUAGGCUUGUCGCUCACUUUUGGAAGGAUUUUGCGCUAUUAUGGUGACUUGUGUGGUGUUCGGAUGUACGAAUCUUUCUGAUUGUGAUGCGAAAUCGAAGGGAAUAACAUUUCAUGUAUUUCCUAAAAAUGAAAGUCGGAAAGCUCUGUGGGAGAAUGCCGUGAGGAGGAAGAAUUGGUGUGCGUCGAAAUGGAGCACUAUAUGUUCUCAGCAUUUCCGAGAAGAGGACAUAGACCGAACUUCCGUUUCAACAGUAAGGCUCCGAGAAAAUGCUGUACCAUCAGUUUUCCCUACACACCCAAAACAUUUGCAAAAGUACAGAGUUGGAAGGGCACGAUAUAAUGAAAUCAAUUGCCUAUCAAUGUAUGUGUCAAUGUCUCACUGCAAUAUUGUGAAGAAAGACAAAGGAUUAUACAUAAUAGAUGGUGGGAUAAAUUGUGUUGUAAUGCGAGGUUUUAAUGAAGAUGAAGUGCGCAGUUUUGUGGAGUUAACAAAAGAGAAAAAUGUUGAUGUAAGAUUUAUCGAGUACAUGCCUUUCAGCGGCAACAAAUGGAAUGAUGGGAAGAUGGUCUCAUUUAGUGAAAUGGUCCAAAUAAUUAGAAAGCAGUGGCCUAAUUUUGAUCCUCUGCCCAAUGGGCCCAAUGAUACCUCAAAGGCAUACCAUGUCCCGGGCUUCAAGGGACGUGUGGGAUUUAUAACCUCAAUGAGUGAACACUUCUGUGGCACGUGCAACCGUUUACAGAUAACAGCUGAUGGCAAUUUGGAGGUGUGUCUCUUUGGGUAUUCAGAGAUAUCUCUCAGAGAUGCAAUACGAAGCAAAUGCAGUGAGGAUGACUUGCUUUCCAUGAUUGGGGCAGCAGUGAGAAGAAAGAAGAAACAACAUGGAGGCAUGCUGAACCUGUCAAAGAUGAAGAAUCGGCCAAUGAUUCUUAUUGGAGGAUAACAGUGGCCCUGAACUUGAUGGCUGUAGUGAUGUCGUGAAGGCACAAAGUUGGAAGUUGUUAAACCUUCAGAAACAAGAUUUUCAAAAGUACUUCUUCUGAGAUACCAAUAUUUCGCCCCUGUUUGUGUCGGAUACACAGACGUCUCAGUUGUUGUCACGUAAUUUGAGUGUAGUGACUGAAUCUAGAAAACAGUUUCUUUUGCUUCCCUGUGCCCCAAGCAUUAUGUGCAAUGCAGGACUCCUAACAAAACAAACACACAGAGCACAGCCCUCUGUCUUCUCUUGCCGUUUCUGCAGUUUGGGAGCACAGUCCGAAAGUCAGACUCAUGUUGACCGGUCUGGCAGGGCGAAAAUGGUCAACGUGGGUUCGAAGCUGGUGACAGAACGGACUGCUACAGCACGAGCAAAGGUUUUUGUGGACCCGAACUGAUGAAACUCAUACGAGAAAAUGGCCUGAAGGUACUUAGCGUUGCUCGCCUGGCGGGAAUUGUGGGGUCCAAGCAGACGUCCAGCCUUAUCCCUCUGUGUCAUAACAUAUCUUUAUCCUCUGUGGCUGUGGACAUUGAACUGGACUCUGCUCUCAACUGUGUGAUUAUAACUGGCACGGCAAAGUGUAGAGGGCAGAUGGGCAUGGAGAUGGAAGCUCUCGCUGCUGUAUCGGUGUCUGCCUUAACAGUGUACGAUAUGUGCAAAGCUGUGAGUCAUGACAUUGUGAUAUCUGAAAUAAUGCUUCUGGCCAAAAGUGGGGGAACUAGAGGAGACUUCCACCGGACAUGAGCAUCUGUGUGGGGCAGUGAAAUAAGUUAAGUAUACCUGGUGUGAUGUAGACAAA